CUCCUUCCCACCCUCAUCGGCUUCAGCAACAUCCAUCUCUGCACCGGGACGCACAACGGAGAGGCUGUGGGGGGAAAAACGACAGCAGGAAGGAUAGUCAUACAAGCUGUACUACGCGGAAAAGACGGUCGGUGUUGCACAAAGCCACUAACAACCCGCUGCCCUUCAAUAUUUAAAGUGGACACCGCGGCGGGUACUCCAGGGGUCCUACAUGGCUGUUAGAGCUGCAAAGUGAUGCAUCCUGCAGGACUGUGCGGACAAUAAAAUGAUUUAACCUUCGCCGUGGAGAAAGCCGUUCGGUCCCGUUGAUGCGAACAGAGAGCAUGAAGUUUGCGGUUGCGGUGUUGUGGUUCUCCUUGGCUCUCAGCAAAGCUACUAUUGAAGCUCCAGAGGAGUUUGUCUCCCUGGCGGAAAUGGAGGAUGCCUUGUUGAGGAACCUUUUCAGGGGCUACCAGAAGUGGGUGCGGCCUGUUCAGCAUGCCAACGACACUAUUACUGUUCGCUUUGGACUCAAGAUCUCACAGCUGGUUGAUGUGGAUGAAAAGAACCAGUUGAUGACUACUAAUGUCUGGCUAUGGCAGGAGUGGGUUGAUGUGAAGCUCAAGUGGAACCCAGAUGACUACGGUGGUAUCACCUCCAUCAGAGUGCCUUCAGAGACUAUAUGGCUGCCCGACAUUGUUCUCUAUGAAAAUGCGGAUGGCCGCUUUGAAGGUUCCCUGAUGACCAAAGCCAUUGUGCGUUGGGAUGGCACCAUAACAUGGACGCCCCCUGCCAGCUACAAGUCCUCCUGCACCAUGGACGUUACCUUCUUCCCUUUUGACCGGCAGAACUGCUCCAUGAAGUUUGGCUCCUGGACCUACGACGGAAAUAUGGUAGACCUGGUGUUGGUGGAUCACCAUGUGGACCGCAAGGACUUCUUUGACAAUGGUGAAUGGGAGAUCCUCAACGCCACAGGAGUGAAGGGGAGCAGAAGGGAUGGGGUGUACUGGUACCCAUUUGUGACAUACUCCUUCAUACUCAAGAGGUUGCCCUUGUUCUACACCCUCUUCCUCAUCAUCCCGUGCCUGGGCCUGUCGUUUCUCACCGUGCUGGUGUUCUAUUUGCCAUCGGAUGAAGGGGAGAAGCUGUCACUUUCCACGUCUGUGCUGGUGUCACUCACUGUGUUCCUUCUGGUCAUAGAGGAGAUCAUCCCCUCGUCCUCCAAGGUGAUCCCUCUAAUCGGAGAGUACUUGCUCUUCAUCAUGAUCUUCGUCACCUUCUCCAUCAUUGUCACCGUCUUCGUUAUCAACGUCCAUCACCGGUCCUCGGCCACGUACCACCCCAUGGCCCCAUGGGUAAAGAGUCUCUUCCUGCAGAGACUGCCCAGAUUGCUGUGUAUGAGGGGGCACACUGACAGAUACCACUACCCAGACAUUGAGAUGCGCAGCCCAGAGCUAAAACCCCGUGGAGGGCCAGGGAGGAGGGGAAUGCCUGGCCACGGCACUGGCCAGCAGAGAGGACCCACCGGGGGGAUGGAAGAUGAGAACCAUGCCUGGCUGGCCAUGCUGGAGAAAGCCACCAGUUCAGUGCGCUACAUCAGCAGACACAUCAAGAAGGAGCACUUCAUCCGAGAGGUGGUUCAGGACUGGAAGUUUGUGGCUCAGGUGUUGGACAGGAUCUUUCUCUGGGCUUUCCUCACAGUGUCAGUAUUGGGAACCAUCCUCAUCUUCACCCCUGCCCUACAGAUGUACCUCAGCACACCACCGUGAACAUAGACACACACACACACACACACACACACACACACACAGAGACGCGUGCACACACACACACACACACACACAGACAAGUGCACAGACACACACAUAGACAAACUGUUGCUCUCCAGCAGUUCUUUCUCAAGUCUAGUUUUGUCUUUUACUGUGAUUUAUUGAUAUAGCUCAAUCAAACAUUUAUAUCAAAUGUUUCUAUCAUAGAUACAAGCUCAAAAUACAAAGUCUCACUUACCUACUUUAUAACAUACAUUUGCUACUGAAAGCUGUUUUGGUUGAAACAUGUCACUCAUUGUAGGAUACUUUCACAGGAGUGCAAAGGUCUUGAAGCAAUAAGCAGCUUGUGGUAUGUCUGUGUAUGACUUGAAUGUCCAUAUAUUGAUAUUUGUGAUGCUUUAUGAACAUUUGCAAUGAUACAUAGAUUUAAAGUCAAUGUAUCCACGGGAGCAACCCAGCAUAUGCACAAUAUCCAUCCAAAAAUAUUCAGUAGUUAUUAUUCCACGUGCACCAUAUUCGUCCAGCCGGCUGUAUUUGUGGUUUAUGCUGUAGUGACGAUGAUAAUAAAAAGCCAUCAAAUCAUU